AUGGGGUGCUUCCUGGCAUGCUUUGGCUUCUCAUCGAAGAAGAAGAAGCGGAGAAAACCUCCCAAGACAGUCCUAAUCGGAGACAAGGUUAGUUACGAGCCCUUAGACUGUUAUGUCUGUGUCAAUCUCGAUGUCCCCGAAAAUAGAAGUUUCGCCGACCCCUCCACUCCUCCUCCUCCCAGCAACAAGCAGUUGAAUGUUAAGAUCAAGAAGAAAGUCCGGUUCGACUUGAACGUCCGAGCCUACGAGCCUAUUCCCAUAGUAGAGAUAAGUCCCCAUUUAUCGGAGAGCGAUGAAGAGGAAAACAAGGGGAAGGGCGGCGGUGGAGAAACUACAGAUACUAAGAUAGUAGUGGCAGAGAGGGACCAAAUCGGUUCAGUUGGUGGAGCUCAAUGUCAGCCCUUGAACUAUAGGUAUCAAAAUUGUAUCGACAGUUAUGAUGAAGAUGAUGAGCUAGUGUACCAGGAUAGCGACUUUGAAGAUGAGAUCGAGUUGGAUGAUGAGGUCGACAGUCUAGACGACCUCGAUGAUGAAAAUGAAAUUGGUUUUGAUGAUUCAAAAAGGGAAGAGCAAUACAUUCACUAUGUGCUGACACCAGUGGAGAAUAUUGUGCAAUGGAAGAUGAUGAAGGCAAAGGAAGUGCCGCCUUCGAGGCAAAAACUUGAAGAAAAUGUGGAGCGAGAAAAUGGUUUGCCAUUAUCCUCAGGAUUGAACUCAAAAUGCUCCAAGGUUACGUCCAUGGAUGUCAUGUUGAAACUUGGGGUGUUUAACUUCACUGUCUCCCAAGGCAAGUAA